GAGGUCAUGCAACUUUGUUCAUUACCAGUAUGAUCUUAUAGUUUGUAUGGAAUAAGACACAUCAUGUAUAUUAACAUCAAACCGCAUAAAACAAAAAUUUGUAUGUGAAAGGAAAAUAUUAUUUCCAGGAGAAGAUAUUUAAGUUUCAAUACAUCUGAUGCUGGACAAGUCUUCAAUAUCAAUUGGUGUUACACAAAGUUGCUACCCCCGGAACCAUACGAUGAGUGUUUCGCACCACGCUCACGCGCGCAACACUGUGAAGGCAGGAGUAUUUGGUUCCGGCGUGAGGUUUAUCGAGAGGCGAUGGAAAGUAGGAGGACUGUUUGAAAUGGACUAAAAUCCAAGAUAAUGUAUUUGUUUUAAAGGGACAGGAAAAAAGUGCUUAGAUUAUAGGAGGUUUUGGAAUAUAGUGAUAAACUGUCACAGCACAACCAAGCUACCUAAGCACGGUUAUCGUUGGUGAGAGGGAAAGGACCGGGAAGGGGAGGGAUUGGACAUGUUGGCUAACAAAGUAGCAAGCUAGCUGGCUAGCUUCCUAAUGUUUGCAGGAAAGCUGCACAACGGAGGGAUUUAAAUACACACUCAGCGCGCUAAAGGACACUGAUAAAUACGAGCAUAUUCAACUUGAAUUCAGUAUUUCGUAGAGCGACCGGUUUAAAUUGCACAGGGCAGGGCCCGCGUUGCUCAUUCGAGAUUGGGGAUGGCGGGUGCAGCGGGCCCGGCGGAUGCAGCGGAGCUUAUAGACAUCUACGGUGAAGAUGAUUUCAAUCAAAACAGUGGCGAGGAUGGCGAUUUCGUGGGGAGGGCCGAGGCGAGCGACCUCUACGACGACGUCCUGACGGGGUCCGUCAGUCAGGAGAGGUUGCUGAGAGAGGAGGCCUCGUCUUCCAACAAGGCUCAGCCGACCAAACCCGAAAACAAGCCGGCCAUCCUGUACACUUACAGCGGCGGGCGGAGUAAGAGGCUGGCCGUCUACGUGGGCAACUUCUCCUGGUGGACCACGGACACCGACCUGAUCAACGUGGCCAACCGGAUCGGCGUCAAGGACAUCCUGGAGAUCAAGUUUGCGGAAAACAGAGCCAACGGCCAAUCCAGAGGGUACGCGGAGGUGGUGGUGGCCUCGGAGUCCUCCCUGCAGAGGCUGCUGGAGUCCCUGCCGCACUCGCACAUCAACGGGGAGAAGGUGGACUGCCGCUUCGCCACCCGCCAGAACUUCUCGCUGUUCGAGGCCCAGGCCAAGAAGCGGGUCCCACAGCGCUCUAACUCCCGUGAGUCGGACUACACAGACGGGCGGCCGCCCGGAUCUUCACCGGAGCACCCGCCCCCCAUCAGCAACCCCCACCCGCACCCACACCCACACCCACACCCUCCCCACCCCCACUCCAGCAAGCCCUCCUCCCUGCCUCCGCCCUUCUUCGCCCGCCCCCCCCCCUUCGGUGGAGACCUGCCCCCGCCCUUCAGCCACCCCCCGCCCCCCAUCCCGCCUCCGCCACCCCUGCCCCACAUGUACCCGCCUCCACCCCCCCACAUCCCCAGCCAGCCGGCCCCCACCCUUCACCUCAACCCCGCCUUCUUCCCCCCGGCCCAGGACAGCUACAGCAGCGCCGCCUACAGCCGGAACAGCAGGGAUGGGGACCCCCCCACGCCCCCCAUGCCGGAGGGGGAGUAUGAGGAGCUGAUGAACAGGAACAGGACCAUCGCAAGCAGCGCCAUCACCAAGGCCGUGACCGGGGCCACUACAGGAGACUACCCUCUGGCCAUCGAGACCUUGCUAACAGCCAUCGCCGUCAUCAAGCAGUCACGCGUCUCCACGGACGAACGCUGUCGAGCCCUGGUCACGUCUCUAAAAGACUGCCUGUUCUCCAUCGAGAGCAAGUCCUAUGGGUCCAGGAAAAGGCAUCGGUCCCGGGACAGAGACAGGGACCGGGACCGGGACCGGGAUCGUGACCGGGAGCGAGAGCGGGACAGGGAGCGGGAGCGGGAGCGCGAGGGCUCCCACAGCCAGGCCUGGGAAGUGGGGAGCGUGUCACGGAGACACCGGGAACGCUCGCCCAGCGGGGAGAGAGAGCGCAUCCGCGAGCGGGAGAGGCACAGAGAGUACAGGGAGCGCCAUCGUUAGGGACCUUUUCCUGUCCUCCGUCAACCCUCCCCCGAGCCAGGAGACGGAGCGGGAAGAGGCUCUUUUCUACUCAACGCUGCUGAGGACCGCAGGAUAGCUGACGGACAGACGGAGAGAGGGAGGCUGAGAGGAGGAGGAGGAGGGAGAUGGGGUGCCGCUCGCCCCCCCAUCCCAGCCCAGCACCCUGCCCCAAGCUCCCAGCUCUCGAUCGUAGCUCCUGUAAAGAACUCGAAGGCCUUGUGCUGUCAGAACAUGAACAACCAGCCCCCACACUGAUUCUCUCUCUCUCUCUCUCUCUCUCUCUCUCUCUCUCUCUCUCUCUCUGUGUACAUGCAGGUGUCCUCUGUGGAGAGCCUUUGUUUUAUUAGUAUUGUUUUGUGAUUUCAUUUUUGAUUGCAGGUUAGUGGGCGCAGGGAUGCGGGAGGCAACUUUUUUUCCCCCCGACCCAGGACACACCGCUAAGAUUUUUUGAUACGUCGGUUUGUGCGUUCGUUUGUUCGUUCGUUCGUUCGUCUGUAUUUUGUGUCCUUUUGUUUUUUUUUUUUUUCUUUCUCUUUUUUGUAACAACCAAGAAACUGAAUUAAAAAAACUAAAUCAGUUCAGCCACAAUAAACAAAGGUGUGUGCGUGUUGACUCUGUGGGGUUUGGGUUUUUAAAGGUGUCUGAAGGAUGUGAACGGAGGGACUCUCCCGAAAAGGGCCGGUGUGGGUGCAGGGUUUUGUGUUGGCCCCACACGCAGACACUCAUCACCGUGCACCCAAACCGGCCCUUUUCCAAUAAGAUUGGUCACCCCUGCUCUAAAUGAUCACGGUCAGGAUACUUUUGUGUUAAAAAAAAUAAUCCAGUGGUUCAAGGGAUGUAGCCUGCGAUUUAUCAGGUAGAUAAGCCAGUUACAGACUGCGGAAUCAUUGGUAGGAUUAGUACAUUUUUUUAUUGGACAGGGAAACCUUAGUGGAUUGCAAUUCAGUUUCAGCCACCUAAGGGGAGAAUUCGUGCAUAGUUCGCGAAUAACUGCCUCGCAUUCCUGGAGCGACAUCUAGGGCCUAGUGCCCUCAAGUGACAGUAGGCGAUGUUUGGAAGCCUGAGCUCUGUGGACGUCCCAUUCUGCAUAAACCGGAAGGUUGUCGGUCAGUCAAAUGUGUUUAAUAAGCAGGAAAAUGUAAAAGCAUCCUCGCAUCAAUAAAUUCCCGAUAUUGAUUUGU